AUGGCCUCGCAAACCCAUACCCUCCCUCCUCUCCCCUACGGCUACGAUGCCUUGGAACCCAUCAUCUCCAAGCAGAUUAUGGAGCUCCACCACCAAAAGCACCACCAAACCUACGUGAACAACCUCAAUGCCGCGCUCACUGCACAAGUCACAGCAACCCAGUCAAAUGAUGUGCCCUCCCUCAUCGCCCUGCAACAGAAGAUCCGCUUCAAUGGCGGUGGUCACAUUAAUCACUCCCUCUUCUGGAAGAACUUGACUCCACCCGGAACACCCGGUAAUGAUAUCGCCGGUGCACCCACUCUCCGCGAAGCUAUCGUCUCUCGCUGGGGCUCGCACGAGGCCUUUGUUAAGGCUUUCGGUGCUGAGCUUCUUGGUUUACAGGGUAGUGGCUGGGGUUGGCUUGUUAGUAAGGGUGGUGCCAAGGGUCGUCUUGAGAUUACUACUACUAAGGAUCAGGAUCCCGUUAAUGGUCCUGAUGUUCCUGUUUUUGGUGUUGAUAUGUGGGAGCAUGCUUAUUACCUGCAGUAUCUGAACAACAAGGCCGGAUACGUUGAGGGGAUUUGGAAGAUUAUUAACUGGGCUGAAGCCGAGAAGCGGUACAAUGCUGGCGUGGAGAACCCCCUGAAGCUUUAA